GCUGAAAGUGUUAAUAACUCACCAAAGCGUUGACUAAUUGGAAUACACAGCGACAGCAUUUUGUAGCAGCAGCGCGCGUGACUGCAAAUGUAUGAGACGACGCCAUAUAAAUUGCCAUUGCUCUAGUGUUGGCAACAAUGAUUUGGCAGACAAACAUUGUUCGGCGCUAUAAUGAUGCAUAUCAGUCAACAAACAAUAUCAGCUGCAGCAAAAUCAAUAGCAUUGAUAAUAAUAAUAACAAAAACAAUGAGCAACACCUAAACAAAUAGAAAAUCAAGCGAACGAGCAAAUCAAUACAAAUAGCUGCUGUGGCGAAAAUUUACUGUCAACAUUUUGUAUAAACAAAAGCGCGAGAAGCGACAAAUAAAGGCGUUCGAGACAAACAAACAAUCGACACACACACACACAUAGACAGUCACACCCACAGCAUUUCAAAUGGGUGGCAAGAGUGUGGGCGCCAGCGCUGCUGGCAGCCUCAAUUCCAGUAUCUGCAACUCGGUGGCAACUACAACAACAGCAGCCACGGCCAACAAUAGUUUGAGCCAACAGCAGCAGCAAUUGCAAGCCAAGUAUAUUAAAUCGAAACGUCAUCAAAGUCGCUAUAGCAACUUGCAACACUCGGGCCACGAUUCCAGCAGCUAUCUCCAUUUGAAUUCACUCUGGUCCAUUUGGUAUGGCGUACUCUUGACACUCUUUCAAGGAUAUUUGGCUAUGCAUGGCGCCUACAGGUUCUUGGGCUGUUCACUCAUUCCAUGGAAAAUUGAGCCCGUUGCCGAACUAAAUCUACAAAUUGUGCUAUCCGGUGUGGUUUUCAUUUUGCUACCUGUGUUCUUUACCUCGGCGGUGUUUAAGGUUGGCAAUUUGGCUAACGAUGGCAUCAAGCUGGCCACUGGAGCCAGAGAGCGUCGCUGCACGCUGGCACCACAGGAUGGCUUGGAGGAGGAGUCACGUGGUGGCACAUUGCGUGCUCUAUGGACACAUGGCGGACCGACGGCGGCAUUUGUGCACAUACUCAUAGCUCUGUGUUUGCUGUUGCCGCGACUGUUGCUGGAGGCGCGCAUCAUUGAGAACGGACUGCUGCCGAAAGAGCAAGUGUGGGCCACCGAAUUGGAUUUUGUUGUCAUCAAUAGACGCAAUUUGAUGGCGUUGUCGGUGGUCGAUUCAAUGCCGCCGUCAGCAACACAACGCAAGCAGCAAGACGAGCAGCGUUUGCUUAACAUGACCACAAACAGUUUGGAGCGUGAGGAUGAGGGCGAGGACUACUACAACGAUACGAUGUUUACACCCAUGCGAGGCGCUGGCGCUGCUGCUGGUAUGGGGGCCAUCAAUAAUAAUUUGUUUGAGCUGAUGCGUGAUAAGCAAGGCAGCAAUGGCCGUAAAGCGGCCAAGACAACAGCAACAACAACGAGCCAGCCAAGUUAUUUUCAAGUGCCCGAUUUAAUUAAUCGCGAGGACGCAGUUGAGCAAAAGGGUGAGGAGCUGCUUGAGCGUGAGAGUGUUGGGGAGGAGGGUGCUAUUAUUUUGCCCGACUUUGAUGUUAGCAAUGAGUUUGUGUAUGCAACAACAACAAAGAGUCGCGAUAACUGGCAACAGCUGGGCACAUUGGACAAAGCAAGCAGCAAGGAUACAACAAGCACCACAACAACAGCAGCAGCAACCAGCAGCAGCAGCACCACAACAACUAGAGCAACAACAACUACAACUACAACAACGACAACGACUACGGAAGCAGCUGCCAGCAGCACAACCGCAGCUCCUAUCGUCAAGCAGCAGCAACAUCAUCACCACAAGUCGCACAAAAAGCAUCACAAGCAGCAUCACAAGCAACGACAACAACAGCAGCAGCAACAACAACAGCGACGCCAUCAUGUUGCCUCGCAUGAACAGGCGCUGCUUGAGCAAUACAAUCAGCAGCAAGAGACAACCACGCGGGACAGCAAUAUACAUCGAGUGCGCACUGAAAUGCUGCCGGAGCUCAUCAUACCCUCGACGCCAGUCUCCAGCAACUCCAAGAUUAUUGCCAUCAAACCCAAGACGCAAAAGCGACGCAUCUACAAGCGCAGCACAGAUCUCAAAUCCAGCGUAGAAAUCGAACCCGAGUAUAUGCUGGGCGAUGCAGCAAUAAGCUCCAGUGAGUUUGUUGCGCGCAGCAGCUCCGAGCAGCUGGAAGAAAGCAGCGAACAGGACGAUGCUGACUUCCAAUCGCUGCCAGCUUUGACGCCAUUGACUACACCCAGCGCCACACCCAACUCCAAUGACUAUGUGCGUCUGGAUGGCUUUGCAGGCAUGCUGCAGUUGUUCUUUGGCAUAGACAAACCCAUCGAUGUGGCCAUUUUUGCUCAACCGCCCAGCGCUGAGUUUGUUAAUCUGCUCUGCGCGCUGCUCGUGUGGACUGUGCGUUAUCCUGCUGUGUUUUGGAACACUUCCAAGUCCUUUGCAUGCGUUUUCAGUCUGCAAAUGAUUGUUGCCGCGCUGGAUACUGUGCUGGGCUACGUGGGCGUUUCCAAUCUCUACAAGCUGCAGGUCUAUGCCGAGGCUAUGCCAGUGCAUCAACCAGGUCUUGUGCUAAAUGCUACAGUCACUUUGGCGCUCUAUUUGUUGUCCACCGCUUUGGUGCUGGCUUCCUCUAUGGUGCUCUAUCUUUAUGGCCAUGGACGCUUGGCCACACGCAUGCGAGAUCGUUCAGUUAUAACGCUCAAAGCCAAUGAAACUUGGAUUUACUUUGCUCACUGCGCUUCGCUUUGCUUUGUGCUGGCCUUGGCCGUGGUGAAGGCUCCGCUGCUGAACGAUCUAAGCGCCACGUACAAGAAUAAUCUGCACUGUCCCACCUUUCUGGCAGCACUUGUGGGGGUGACACAUUUGCUGCUCUGGAUUGUCGUCUGGCUGUGCUUGACCAUCAAGCGACGCUGGCAGUUUAAGCUGCCACCGCUGGACCACACCUAUGGCGGUCUGCUGAACAAGGCGAGUGCUCAGCCGCUUUUAAUGUCCAGUGGCCAGCGCACGGGCAGCAAUUCGAGCAGCGGCGGCAACUCGACCAGCACCACAGUCAAUGGCAUGGAUGGGGGCAAGCCGGAUAUGAUGAGCACAGCCACUAGCACGGAGCUGGCGGGCAUGAGUUUGGCUGCACAGGAGGAUAUCUAUUGGCCCAAGCUGACGCCCAGUUCGCCCAAGUUGAAGGUCACCUUUAACGAAGUAACGAGUACGUCUGAUGAUGUCCUACUAAUUGGUGACCAAGAACAAACUGAUGGCAAGCGCCAUACGGGCCGUGGAGCCGCGCUAUGUUUUGCCGGUGCUGCGGGGGAAAUUGACGACGGCGAGUACGCGACAUUAAGAGCGGCAACCGCUGGCGCCGUUGUGGGCAUCACGAUGGGCAGCAUGAAGAGCAACAACAUAUCCGUUGGCGUCACUGUCGGCGUCGGCGUCUCCGGCGGUCUAUUACAUCUAAGCGAGUACGAUGAAAUGCUGCCACCGCCGCCGGCCAACCACCAACAACAUCACAACAAGCAAGGCCACGCGCACGCACACGCACACGCCCACGACUAUGCAAAUCUAAGCGGCAUGGGCGGCAUUAGCGACGACAACAUCUCCGAGGAGGGCAAGCUGCUGGCCUGUGUGCGUGACGACAGCAUCACCUAUGCGUCCACACGUGAUUUAGAGCCACCACAGCCAGCGCCACCGCCCCCACCACCACUGCCCGUCAAAGGUGCUGCACUGCCGCCGCCGCCAGCCGUGCAACAUCCACAUGCGCCAUUCGCACGCGCUCCCCAAGCUAUGCCCGAGAUCAUGCAACUGUCGCCAGAGCAUCACAAGCCGCCGCCACAACAGCCGUCAGUUCAUCAGCAGCAGCAGCAACCGCUUGCACAUCCGCUGCAGCCGCAUUAUCAACAUCUAGUCAGUCCACUUGCUCCCGUUACAGUCGCAGUUCACACCAACGAGGCGCAUAUUGCCUCCAGCUCCACACCCCGCUGCCUGCGUCGCGCCGACUCUGGCGUGCCCAACGAGGCGCUAACGCCGCGCAGCGACACCAACUCGAUCACCGAAAGCAGCCACACCACCUCGCCACCCGAGCGUGCUCCCUCCGAAUCCUCCAGCGGCGUGCACUCCGGCGAAGAGCGCGAACUGGAUGUGGUCAUACGACCGCGCGCCAACUCCAAGGCGCCACCGCGUCCACCCCAGCCACCCAUACAGGAGGAGCCCUACGGCCGCUGCACCAACAUGCGCAUGUCCAGCUUCAAUGCCGAUCCCGCCAAUGCCAUCAACAGCGCCACGCUGCCACUCCAACGCUCCGUGCCCGAGCAGAAGUUCGACUACACCGCUCACUGCUCCACCAUGCCCUUGCCGGCGGGCUGCCACAGCCAGCAGCUUGUCAACGGCAACAACAACGGCGGCUACGCUUCCACCUCAGCCAUGAGCAGCUCGAUGGGUCCACCGCCGCCGCCGUCGCAGGUCAGCAGCUUCAAGACUCCCAGCAUGCAUUAUGCCAACUCGGCGGUCGCUUUGGGCGCUCAGCCACACACAACGCUGCCCAAUGGAGUGCGCUACUCCAAUCCGCAUUUCCUGCGCCGACUGCCGCAUGUGAGCAAAGCCGCCGAGUCGCCCUACGGACAUCUGGGCUAUGGGGCAGCUCAUCAUGCAUUCAGCAAGCUGCCACAUGAGACGCAUCCCACCAUACCCGAGGAUCGCGAUUCGGCCAACUACUCCAUGGCCUCGGAUCAGGACUGCGGACUCUACGUAACUGCGCAGCUGCACUAAGCAGCACUAAGCUAAUUAUCAUUAUCAUUAUCACACUGUAUUAGUCUCAAGUUAAUGCUUUGAACAUUAUGUUGCUUUACAAAAGCAAAUAGAGCUCUAUGUCAAGUCCCCAGAACGUCAGUCAGCGUUCGCUAUAAUGC